AUGGACUCAUUUAACGGCAGCUUGGCUGAUCUUCCCAUCGAAAAGGAGCUUUCCGAGAGCAUCAACAAGAACAUGCGAGUUCCUCGUUCUCUCAGUCUCCGAGAAAACGUCGAUCUGGAUGAUCAGGUUCCGAAUCCAAGCGCAGAUCUGGAAAUGCAUGCACCACGAAUGAUCGCUCCCUACGAAGACGAUGAAAAUGGCGCUGGAACCGAACUUGAUCAUCCCGUUGGAUUGACGAGCGCAAGCAUGGUCUGGGAAUCAGGUUACGACUUCUUGGAUGCGGACGAGUACAGCAUGAAGGCUCCAGCAAGGAACAUUAGAGCCGAUUCACUCGUUGUGGAGGAGUUUUUGGACCAGAUGCAAGGCAUCAACCUCAGCUUCCAAGAAAUGCCCCAGCCGUGCCCGCAAGAAAUCGUCCCAGAUCCUAGUGCUAGAAUGCUUCGCGAGCAGACGAGCACUCCAAAUCCUAUCAUGACUCCAAGAUAUUUAGGCGCGGAUAAAAAUAUAAUAUGA